UUACACUCCUUACAAUGUCAUCAUCAUCAUCAUCAUCUCAAUUCCCACUUCCCACUUCCAUCAACUCUUAUUCAUCUCAAAAUCAUCAAACCCUCUAUGUUUCUUCAUUACCACUGUCUUCACCAUCCAACAUACCUUCACCAAAUAUCCAAUGGACCAAAGAUCAGUCAUACCCACAUCCAAAACCUCGAACAAUUCGAUACCGUCUUAGCCAAUUAUGCCGAGAAGGCCAACCCCAUCUUGCCCGCCAACUGUUUGAUGAAAUUCCUAAACCAACUACAGUUGUUUGGAAUGCUAUUAUUAUUGGGUUAAUUUGUAAUGGUAUGGCUCAUGAAGCUAUAUUGUUGUACUCUCAAAUGAAAUGUAAGUCCUUUUUGUGUGAUUCGUAUACUUACUCUUCGGUUCUUAAAGCCUGUGCAGAAACUAGGAGUCUUAGGAUUGGUAAAGCGGUUCAUUGUCAUGUUUUACGGUCGGAUAUGUAUCCUAGUAGGAUAGUUUGUAAUUCUUUAUUGAAUAUGUAUGCUAGUUGUAUGUAUGAUGGUGUAAAAAGGGUGUUUGAUUCAAUGCCGAAAAGAAAUGUCAUUUCUUGGAAUAUUUUGGUUUCUUGGUAUGUGAAGGUGGGAGUUUUUGCAGAAGCUGUUAGCCAUUUUGUAAAAAUGAUUAAGUCUGGAGUUAAACCGACGCCUGUAAGUUUUGUUAACGUGUUUCCUGCUGUAGCGGCAAUGGGCGAGUCUAGGAUUGGUGAUGCUGUUUACGGGUUGCUUGUUAAGUUGGGUGAUGAGUAUUCAACUGAUGUGUUUGCUACAAGCUCUGCUAUUUCCAUGUUUUCUGAACUUGGGUCCCUUGAAUCUGCUAGGAAGAUAUUUGAUAAUAGUUUAGAGAGGAAUAUAGAGAUUUGGAACACUAUGAUUGGUGGUUAUGUCCAGAACAAAAUGCCCCUAGAAGCACUUGAUCUUUUUAUUCAAGCUCUACAGGCGGCAGAUGAUGUUGCCAUUGAUAGUGUGACUUUGACAUCGGUUUUAACAGCAGUGUCACAGUUGCAGCAGCUGGACCUUGCAAAUCAAAUACAUGCUUAUAUCAUAAAGAGUGUGUCGGUUUUACCUGUUAUCGUGAUGAACACACUUGUAGUCAUGUAUUCCAGGUGUAAUUCGAUUCAAGAAAGCUUGAAAGUUUUCAAAAGUAUGAAUGAAAGAGAUAGUGUUUCCUGGAACACUAUGAUUUCAUCUUUGGUACAGAACGGGAUGAAUGAUGAAAGCCUUCUGCUAGUGUCUGAUAUGCAAAAACAAAGGUUUAUCAUUGAUGACGUCACAAUAUCUGCUGUGCUAUCUGCAGCUUCCAAUCUUAGAAACCAAGAAAUUGGAAAACAAGCCCAUGGGUAUCUUCUUAGGCAUAAUAUUCAGUUUGAGGGCGUGGAAAGUUAUCUGAUUGACAUGUAUGCGAAGUCUGGUCUGAUAAAAGUGGCCCAAGAUCUCUUUGAGAGAACUUGCUCAAAGGAUCUAGAUCAAGCAACAUGGAACUCAAUGAUUGCUGGGAACUCUCAAAGUGGAUUAAUCGAGGAAGCUUUUAAUGUUUUCAGGCAGAUGGUUGGUCACAAUAUUCCACCAAAUGCUGUCACGAUAGCAUCAAUCCUUCCAGGCUGCAGUAUGUUGGGAAGUUCAAGAUUAGCUAAACAACUCCAUGCAUUUACCAUUAGAAGUUACUUAGAUCAUAAUGUUUUUGUAAAUUCCGCUUUAGUGGAUACAUACUCCAAAUUGGGUAGAAUUUCAUCCGCAGAAAAUGUGUUUGUUCUUUCUCAUGAGAAAAAUGCUGUAACAUACACGAAUAUGAUAUUGGGAUACGGGCAACAUGGGAUGGUUGAAAAAUCUCUUCAUCUCUUUACUUCAAUGAGAGAACACGGGAUAGAGCCUGAUUCUGUAACAAUAGUUGCUAUUCUUUGUGCGUGUAGUUAUUCUGGGUUGGUAGAUGAAGGGCUUCAGCUAUUUGAGUCAAUGGAGGUGGAGUAUAAGAUUGUUCCUUCAGUUGAGCAUUACUGUUGUGUUGUAGAUAUGUUAGGAAGAGUUGGGAGGGUGUCAGAAGCUUACAAUUUUGUUAAAACGUUGGGGGAGAACGGUAAUCAUUUGAGAAUUUGGGGGUCACUUUUGGGUUAUUGCAGAAUCUAUGGGGAAUUUCAAUUGGGGAAAGUUGUUGCCAGUAAGUUGGUUGAAAUGGGUGUUGGAAAUAAGAAUGCAGGCUACAAUGUACUCUUGUCUAAUAUGUAUGCAGAAGAAGGAAAUUGGAAAUUUGUUGAUAGACUGACGAAAGAGAUGUAUGAAAAAGGGAUAGCGAAGGAAACUGGGCACAGUUGGAUUGAUAAUGGCGGUCGUAUGGAUUAUUUCAUGUCGAGACACAAAAAUCACUCUCAUAGUGAUGAAAUAUACGAAAUGCUGGAUGUUCUGGAUACUGACUUGACAACGGAGUGAAGGAAACUAGCAUAUAUAUAUGCUCUUUUACAACUUUUUGAGGUCAGCUGCACUAACAUUCUUAUUCGCCUUUACCACUUGAAGAGGAAUGUAGGCUGCUUUCUUGGUCAUAUGUUAAUGAUUAUUGGAAGCUCCUUAGUAAGUGAUCAUCUUGGUCAUAUUCAGGUUUGUGCCUUUGAUCAAAUAUCAAUCAAUCAAUGCUACUAUUGGCAAUUCAUGGCUUUUCAAAUAUAAUAAACCAGCAGCUAUCCAUGGAAGUUUCCCCCGUGAAGAAUCUAUUCUGUCAAGACCUUUUUUCUACUCUUUUAUGACCACCCAUAUUUUAGGGGGAAAUUGUGAUGUGAGAAUUGUCCACAAAAGAAGAUGAAUAGUUUGAGGUCUCAAUCUAUCCUCAAGGAUUGGACAUCAUUGUGUGUUCCAAACGGUCCCUACAAUAUUCAACGUGCUUUAGAACUGAGUGGAUGCCGUUUCUUGUGGUCCCUGCGUCAACGGAUGAAUAAUUAAAAAUUCCUAGUGAUAAUGAAGACCCAGGCGUUGUAUUACAGGAAGGAUUUUUGGAACGAACAGGUGGAAUGGGAAAAGUAAUUCAGGUGGGCCCCACAAGCUGCGGUGCUGGCUCGUCAUGCGGUUGGAGGGUUUCUGUCUCACUGUGGGUAGAACUCAUUGCUGGAGAGUUUGUGGUUUGGUGUACCUGUGGCAACUUUGCCAAUGUACGCUGAUCAUCAGAUGAAUGCGUUUGACAUGGUGGUGGAGCUAGGAUUGUCAGUGAAGAUCAAGCUCGAUUAUAGGAAGGAUUUAUACAAUUCUAAGGCUAAGACAGUCAUUGUCACCACCGAUGAGACUGUAAGUGGGAUAAGACAGGUGAUGGAGUACGAGGUGAGAAUGAAAGUGAAAGAGAUGAGAGAGUAGAGUAGAGUAGAGUAACAGUGGUGAAGGGUGGUUCAUCUUAUGCAUCUAUUGGUUGUCUUAUUCAAGAAUUUUAUCAAUAACAUCUCCUAAAAUUUGACAUCC